AUAUUUAUAAGUAUUUGUUUAAAAUACUUUGAUACAUUGUUAUAAAAUACAUUGAUCUUGCCAUUGAAAUAGCCAGAGAUGCUGGCGCGACACUAAAAAUAAACCAACAAAUAAAUAAAUACAUUUAUUAAUGGGAGGAGACUGAAAGAUUAUUAGGUAUAAAACUGUCUGUUUGAUAGACAUUUAAGAUGAGUAUUUGCACUAAGUAACUGUAGGGAAACCUAUUAGAGUGCGUCUGUGGAGGUGCUUGGAGAAAAUGAAUAGUUAUCUCUUUUUUAUGCUUAUCUGCGCCAGCCUCCUUUCUCCUGACAUUUAAAGUCCAUUGCUAUGCUUGGCCUGCCCUGAAGCAAAUGUACUGAUAUCACUUGUCGCUCAGUAAGGCAAACUCAGCAAUUUAACAUCUUUAAUCUAAAGGAGUUUCAUAUCAGUUACUUACUUCAAUCUUUUAUCCUCCAAAAACCUAUUAUAGUAUACAGAUUAGGCUUGGACUCUCCCAGUCUCAUCAUCUAUGUUCUGAAAGUGACUAAAUCUGUUUCUACGUAGGGUGUUCUAGUAAGAGGCAAUCAUGGACACCACAACCUCCAUCAAGAUGACCACUCUGGCCAUCCAGAACCUCUUCAGCUACGUGGAAGAAGAGAAUCUGGCAGCUGUUAAAGCCCAUCUUGACAAGUUCAAAGAGGUGGAUGGUCGAAGCGAUAAUGGACAGACUCCUCUGAUGUUGGCCUCAGAGCAGGGCAGUCUUGAGAUUGUUCAGGAACUCAUCAGAAGGGGUGCAAACGUCAAUUUGGAUGAUGUGGACUGCUGGUCCGCUCUGAUCUCUGCAGCUAAGGAGGGGCAUGUGGAGGUGGUGAAAGAGCUGCUGGAAAACAGUGCUUAUAUUGAGCACAGAGAUAUGGGGGGUUGGACUGCCCUUACUUGGGCUUCAUAUAAAGGUAGAGUUGAGGUGGCCAAAGUCCUGCUUGAGACUGGUGCAAACCCAAACACCACUGGACAGCAAUACAGCGUCUACCCUGUAAUCUGGGCAGCUGGUAGAGGCCAUGCAGAGAUUGUGAAACUCUUGCUGGAGCAUGGAGGUAAAGUCAACUGCUCUGAUAAGUAUGGCACCACCCCACUAAUCUGGGCUGCUAGAAAGGGUCACUAUGACUGUGUGAUGCACCUGCUAGAGAACGGAGCCGAUGUUGACCAGGAGGGGGCGAACUCCAUGACGGCACUGAUCGUGGCUGUGAAGGGAGGGUAUACAGAGGUGGUUAAAGAGCUUCUGAAGAGGAACCCCAAUGUAAACAUGACUGAUAAGGACGGAAACACAGCUCUGAUGAUCGCAGCUAAAGAGGGCUACACUGAGAUUGUGCAGGACCUGCUUGAUGCCGGCACAUACGUCAACAUCCCAGACAGGAGUGGAGACACUGUGCUGAUUGGAGCCGUGAGAGGUGGGCAUGUUGAGAUUGUGAGGGCGCUACUGCAUAAGUAUGCAGACAUCGACAUUAGAGGCCAGGAGAAUAAGACCGCCCUCUACUGGGCUGUGGAGAAAGGCAAUGCAACCAUGGUUAGGGACAUACUGCAGUGCAGCCCUGACACAGAGACAACCACUAAGGAUUCUGAGACUCCGCUAGUCAAAGCCACCAAGAUGAGGAACAUAGAAAUAGUGGAGCUGCUACUGGACAAAGGAGCCAAAGUGUCCGCAGUCGACAAGAAAGGGGACACCCCUCUUCAUAUCGCCAUUCGUGGACGGAGCCGCAGGCUGGCUGAGCUCCUUCUCCGUAACCCUAAGGAUGGCCGCUUGCUCUACCGGCCCAACAAGGCUGGAGAGACACCCUAUAACAUCGACUGCAGCCACCAGAAGAGCAUCCUCACCCAGAUUUUUGGAGCCCGACAUCUGUCCCCCACGGAGUCAGAUGGGGACAUGCUGGGCUACGACCUGUACAGCAGUGCUUUGGCAGACAUCCUGAGUGAGCCCACCAUGCAGCCGCCCAUCUGUGUGGGUCUGUAUGCCCAGUGGGGCAGCGGCAAGUCCUUCCUGCUCAAGAAACUAGAGGAUGAGAUGAAGACAUUUGCAGGUCAGCAGGUGGAGCCUCUGUUCCAGUUUUCGUGGCUGGUUGUGUUAUUAUCGUUCCUGCUUUGUGGCUCUGUAGUGCUAGUGCUUGGCUUCACCGUGGAUCCCAAGCUGGCUAUCGCCAUCUCUCUCAGCAUUCUGGCUCUGCUUUAUGUGUUCUUUGUGGUUGUGUACUUUGGGAGCAGGCGCGGGGGUGAGAGCUGGAAUUGGGCGUGGGUCAUUAGCACACGUCUGGCUCGGCACAUCGGGUACCUGGAGCUUCUGCUUAAACUCAUGUUUGUCAACCCACCGGAGCUGCCGGAACAAACCACCCGUGCACUGCCUGUCAGGUUUCUGUUCACAGACUAUAACAGGUUAUCCAGUGUCGGUGGGGAGACGUCCAUGGCUGAAAUGAUCGCUACUCUCUCAGAUGCCUGUGAGAGGGAGUUUGGCUUCCUGGCCACCAGACUUUUCAGAGUCUUUAAAACUGAGGACACUAAAGGUAAAAAGAAGUGGAAGAAAACAUGUUGCAUCCCAUCCUUUGUUAUCUUCCUCUUCAUCCUGAGCUGCUUGGUCAUGGGAAUGGCCUUGCUGGCGGUCUUUAAGAUGGAUGGGCAAAACCAGACGGUGAACGCAGUGCUGGUUUCCAUGGCGAGUGUUGUUGGUUUGGCGCUGUUGCUUAAUUGUCGCACCUGGUGGCAGGUGACAGACUCAGUGCUGAACUCCCAGAGGAAGCGGCUGCACAGUGCCGCCAACAAGAUGCACAAGCUGAAAAGUGAGGGCUUUAUGAAGGUCUUAAAGAAUGAAGUGGAGCUCAUGGCUAAGAUGGCCAAGACUAUAGAUGGCUUUACCCAGAACCAGACACGUCUAGUUGUUAUCAUUGAUGGUCUGGACUCCUGUGAACAGGAUAAAGUGCUACAGAUGCUUGACACGGUGAGAGUGCUGUUCUCCAAGGGUCCUUUCAUCUCUACCUUCGCCAGUGAUCCUCACAUCAUCAUCAAAGCAAUAAACCAGAAUCUAAACAGCGUGCUGCGUGACUCCAACAUCAACGGCCAUGACUACAUGCGCAACAUUGUCCACUUGCCUGUCUACCUCAACAGCCGUGGGCUCAGCUGUGCAAAGAAGAUGUGUGCACCCACUUCUGCUAAUGGAGACACUGGGAACUCUGAGGGUUGGCAUGAGGAGUUGGACAGAAAGUUGUCCCAGAACAGCUUGGGUGACCAGACCAAGUUUGGCAGUAAGACGACUCUUAACCGCAGGGAUACUUAUCGCCGUCGACAGAUGCAGAGGUCAGUCACACGUCAGAUGUCCUUUGAUUUCACAAAACUGCUCGUCACUGAGGACUGGUUCAGUGACAUCAGUCCUCAGACUAUGAGGAGACUCCUCAACAUUGUAUCAGUCACAGGCCGCUUGCUGAGGGCCAAUCAGAUAAGUUUUAACUGGGACCGGCUUGCGUCUUGGAUCAACAUGACUGAGCAGUGGCCAUAUCGCACAUCCUGGCUCAUACUGUACCUAGAAGAGACAGACGGCAUCCCAGAUCAGACAACUCUGAAAACCAUCUAUGAAAGGAUCUCCAAGAGUAUUCCAACCACUAAAGAUGUGGAGCCUUUGCUGGAGAUAGACGGUGAUGCCCGUAGCUUUGAGGUUUUCCUUUCUUCCCGAACUCCAGUGCUUGUGGCUCGAGACAUCCGCACCUUCCUUCCCUGCACCGUUAAUUUAGAUCCAAAACUCCGAGAGAUCAUUGCAGAUGUGCGUGCUGCCCGGGAGCAAGUGAACAUGGGUGGUGUCACCUAUCCCACACUGCCUUUGCAGGAGGGCCGUCCAAUAUCAGUCUACAGCCAGCAGUCCCCUUCUGCCUCCUACAACGGCCCGUAUAUCCCGCCAGGUGUGUCUCCUCAGCCCCAUAGCACCCAUUUCAGCGGCAUGGGCGGGCCACAACACCCGUUCUACAACAGGCCAUAUUUCCCCCAUCAUCUGUACCAGCUGCCGCGGCAGUAUGCUGGCAGCUCCUUCCCUGCUCAUGUUCUUCCACGUCCAUUCAUUAAAACCGGCUAUCCCAUGGACCACAGCAGUGGACUUGGCGCUGCCUCGGUGGUCUCAGGGACCCCAUCGAUACUGCUCAGCUCAAUGAGCACAGAUGCUGUCUGUGAGCGUGUUAGACUUAUCAACGGCAUCGAUCAGAACAUGCUUUCUCAGUAUACAGCCACCAUUAAGAAGGCUAACAUAAAUGGCAGAGUUCUGUCUCAGUGUAAUAUUGAUGAGCUGAAGAAAGAGAUGAACAUGAAUUUUGGAGAUUGGCAGCUUUUCAGGACAUCAGUGAUUGAGCUCCGUCAUGUGGAGAGCCAGACUGUGCAUGAGGAGGCUCCUAGUGAGCAGGGCAGCAGCACGGCUAGCCAUGUGGAGUCUUGCAGGCACACUGAAGCUUCCGUUCACGGAGGAGUCAUUAACACGGACCCCUCACCCAUGUACAACUUCACCCUCAGCUUUGAGGAGCUUAGUAACGUGGGCUUGGAUGAGCCUCCUAGGCACUCCAACCCUUCCUGGAUGGCCACCCCUCACCGUACACCUAGCAUGUCCAGCCUCAACUCUCAAGAGUCCUCCAAUGAAAUUUGCAAGCUAACAGACAAGCAGCAAGCCGAGUACCGCAAUGCCUACCAGGAAUACAUCGCCUCCAUGGCUCAGGUUGAGGUUGGAAUGGAGAAGCCUGUGCCACCUUUUGUUGGCCAGCUAAUGCACUCCAGCUCUGAGGAAAAGAAGAAGGAUGGCGACCAAGAUGGACACAAAUCCGUUUCAAAACGAGGGAGCAGCAAGUCCGGGGCCGAUAUUACAGACUAUGCCUCGGCUGACAUGGUCACUUUAGAUCCUAUAACAGAAGAGGAUGAGAAGGUUGACCAUGGGUCAUCAAAGUCCCUUCUAGGCCGCAAGACAUCUGGAGAGAAGGUGAGCCUAUUCCAGGGUGCUGAUCUGAAGCUGAAGCCUGGUGGUGGUUUACGCUACCAGAAACAUAACAGUGAUGAUGAAGAGUCUGAAGAGUCAGACAAUGCCCCUCUGCUCAAGGAUGGAAAGAAACCAGAGCCCAAAGCUUCAGAUGCUGGAGAUCGAUCUUUGGCCAAAGGUAAGGAUUACCUUUCAGAUAAGAAGGAUUCUUCUGACUCGGGUGUCCGCUCCAACGAAAGCUCUCCCAACCAUUCUUUGCAAGACGAAGAGGCUGACCUGUCGCAGUCUGAGAGGGCUAACUUGAUUGAGCUGGAUGAGGAGAGCUCAGCUCAAAAACAAGGGUUGCCAAAUAGUCUGAGUGGCCUUCAAGACCCUGCUAUCAUCCGCAUGUCCAUCUGCUCAGAGGACCAGUCCAGUCUUAUGGCCAGCAGUCCUGAAGAGAGCUGGCCUUCCUCCAAGAGCUACAACCUCAACCUUACACCCAGUAUCACCACCCUCAAUAACAACACAAAUGCCCAACAAGGAAACAACAUUCGUCAACCCACAGAUAGCUCCACCCCUGGAAGUGACAUCAUCAUGACUCCUGGUUCCAGCACUACUUCCACCACCACCCAAAAUGAGAAAGUCCAUGUGGUUCAUCUAAAGAGAGGGCUUAACCCCGGAGAUCCACCUGAGAUCCUCCGAGUGUCUUCUGACACUGUCACCUUAGGAGAAGAGCGUGAAAGUAUCCUGUAGGCGACGUCUGGGUCAACAGCAGUCUUGGCCAAUUAACGUUUUCUGGUAAAUACAUGGAACAGUGAUUGAGACAUUUCCAAAAGUUAAGUGUAGAUGAAGUGUGCUUCCUUCACAUCUGUCCAUCACCUACUCAUCAUCAUCCACCAUCUAAUGGUAACAUACUGUAUAUGUGGUGUUUCCGUACAGUAUUUGUAGCUUAAUUAUGCAUUAAUGUCACCAGUUGUAUGGCUAUAAAGCAUUUUGAAAUCGCAGCUGUAGAUUAAUAUUCAAUAGUGUUUCCCAAAGGAAAAUAUUUUAGUACCUUGUCAUGGUAAAGCACCCAAACUUUGCGUAAACGCCUUAAAAAGUAUGAAUUUUAACAGUGAUUCUGGUUUGAAAUGUGUCGUAUUGCGUUGUCCUGCAUGCUGUCAUUGUGCUGUAGUGACAGUGGUACAGUAUAUAAGCAGUGACAAGCAUGUGUCAGACUGCAGUCCCAAAUUAGCCUGUAGAAACUGCAUGCCCUGUGAUGCUAGUCUUUAGCAGUUAUAACUGUACUUUUUGCAGCUGUCCUGAAAAGUUAAACAGGUUUUUUGAUGCUUGUCUUUAACAUGGCAUCACAUAAACCUGCACUGAUAGCAUCCAUCUCUCUUCAGUGUUUGUUUGAGGAAGAAAAACGACUGAAAUAAACAUUUUGCUGUUCUGCAC